UUGGCUGUUACCAAAGUUAAGAAGACUGUUAAGGUAGUCAACUGUAAAAACUCAGCUAAGGCAGUCAACUGUGAAAACUCAGCUCUUGAUAGUUGGAUCUUUAAUCUACAGAAGAAACAAGGCUAAAAUGUAAACAACAAAACAAAAGACAAGGGAGACAUACAAUUAAAGAUGGAAUCACUGCUUAUAUAUGUUAUGAUUUUACUUUUGAAUGUGUUUGAAUUUUCAUCAGGAAUUGUAUAUAAUAAACGUGAGAAGGAGAACCACUUUGUUUGUUCCAGUGAAGAGGUCCCCACAGACAGUCAAAUAAUCAAGUUGUUUCUUUCCAUGGACAGUUUGAAAGUCUACUGUUCAAUCCGACAUGAAAACAAAGAUACUUCAAGGGCACGUUUGAGUGUAUUUACAUCAGGAGGCCUUGCUCCCAAACUGAUAAUCUCUAACAGUACAUACCUUGAAGACUUCCACUUUAACUUAUCUCUGUUCAACAAUCGGGCUCUUUGGUUCAUUGAUAUUCCUAGAGAAAGCAUCACAGUAAACACAGACAUUGCAGCUGUAGAAGAAUGGAUAAUAAAGGUCACCAUGCAUGAAGGAUUAAACAUUUAUGAUACUGAAGGGACCCUACUGGAUCUUGUCCGAGAGCCUAUUCUGCAGUGGACUCUUGGACCUGAAAUGAGUAACUCACAGGUCAAAAAUUUGUUUCCACACUUGAUAGACAUCAAAGUGGUGAAGUGCCCCUGUGCCAAUGAUGUGGCAUUAUUUGGCUUUAUUUUGAACUCGACAUAUAAUGGUGUUUACAUAGGCAAAACUUCUUCUGGAUUUUGGGAAUAUAAUGAAACCACAUGGUAUGACCUGACAGAUAUCAUCUAUUCACAACUUAAAGAUGAACACCAAGGGCUUACAAUAAUAGAUAUGGUUUUAACAAAUCAUUUUUUAGUCAUCCUCACCUCUUUGGGUCUUUUUGUAAGUAGUGAUCUUCGUUAUCCAGUCACUUCACAAAUGCAGCUUUCAAGAGCAGACUUUUGUGGUUUUGAAAGGGUUGACUAUAUCAAGGGAAAACUGUGGUAUAAUGAAAAAUGUUUUGCAAACAAAGAAAGUUUUGAAGUUGAUUAUGUUACUAUCACUUUCGACAGAAAAAGGACCCUAAGUGAGUCCAGUUCUUGUUUUUAUAGUAAAGAACCAUUUCUUCACUGGUUGCCUUGCUUACCUUCUAUUAUUACAAGUGCAAGAUUUCUUCCACAUGUGGUAACAUUUCUUAUUGACCAAGAAACUAAAACUGGAAUUUAUCUCUUCCAUAAUCGGAAUUCCAAAAGAACCUAUGUCUCUGUGUCAGUGCUCAAGAAUGAGAUACCAAAUUCUCAACCAAAAUUUCCAAAUUUCCAAUUUCCCAUCUCAUUCUCUAAUCCAGUUGGAAUGGUGUUCCAUCCCCGAAGCCACUUUCUGUAUGUUUAUGGCAAUCAGGUAUGGAUUUCAAUGGAUGGUGGCAAUACUUUUGAAUUAGUGUGUGACUUUCUAAGUAACUAUGUAAGGAAGACUGCUCAUAGUUUUUAUACUUCAGAAAUAUCUUUGAUUACACAAAAUGGAAGGAUUUACAUGACAAAGGCAGGAUUAACAAGAUACACUAAGAGUGGAAGAUUUGUGGAUAAUAUUUUCACAUUAUACUAUGAUCAUUUGGGAUUCAUACACAAACUGACUCCAGAACGCUUUGACACUGAUUUAUCACGUUCAGGCUCUGGAUCGUCUUCUAAUAUUUUUGGAACGGUAUCCUCAUACAAGAUUUCACAGCAGAAGAACAACAUGUCUAAAACAGAUCUGUUACAAGCAACUCAGCUCCUGGUUUAUUUUCUACCUUCCAAUGUUGGCCUUGAAGAAAUAUGGUUUUUGAUUAACCUUUCACCUUCCAUGUUAAAUAGUCAUGCUCCCUAG